AUGACAACGAGCCCAUCAGAUAUAAGCUUCGACUUCAAAUCCCACAUCUACUCCAUCCUUCCGAAAUCCCUCGGCGACGAGGCGAGCGAACAAACCCUAAAGCUCGAGGAGUUCUUAGCUCGACUUGAGGAGGAAAGGCUCAAGAUCGACGCCUUCAAGCGCGAGCUUCCACUAUGCAUGCAACUCCUCACAAAUGCAAUGGAAGCAUCAAGGCAACAACUCCACAUACAAAGAUCAAAUAACCAAAUAAUCUCCACCACAAAACCCAUUUUAGAAGAAUUCAUGCCUCUCAAAAACAACACAAACUCGACCGAAACUGACAGCGAGGCGGCCGAGAACCACCACGACAAAGCCAACUGGAUGACGUCGGCGCAACUUUGGAACCAAGAAAACGAGAAGGGAUCGAGUGUGGGCCCACGGUCCCCGCCGCCACAUCAUCAAGAGACCGAGAUAAAGCUAGGCCACAUCAGCAAGCGGAGGGUCGUCAACGGCGGAGGUGCUUUCUUGCCGUUUUCAGAUACAAAGGGAUUUCCGGAAUUAGCCUUGGUCUCGUCGCAUAAGGAUGAAGUGAUGAUGGGGGCAGAGGAGGGUAAAAUCGGUAAUAAUAGCAAUAAGUCGUUUAGCGGUGAAAAAGAGCAAGUUAAUAACAACAACAACAACAACAACAACAGUAAUAAUACGAGUCAGACUCAAAGGAAGGCGAGGAGGUGUUGGUCGCCGGACUUGCACCGGCGGUUUGUGAAUGCUCUACAUAUGUUGGGUGGCUCACAAGUGGCUACUCCCAAACAAAUCAGAGAACUUAUGAAGGUUGAUGGCCUUACCAAUGAUGAAGUUAAAAGCCAUUUGCAGAUACACCCCCACAGCGGCGUCCACCACCAUCACCAACAGCAGAUCCAUCUGUACGGCGGUAACCCGCCGUCGACGCAGGGGAACGGAUCGCUGGAGUCCGAUAUUCGUGGCGGUGACCCGUCGGAGAGCAUCGAGGACGGGAAGUCAGACAGCGGUGGGAGCUGGAAGGCGGACAGCGGCGGCGAGAGGAGGUCGAGGGCGGACGGCGAGGAGAGCAACGCGAGCACCGUCGUGAGCCUUAAAUUCUGA